GUUUGGUGCUAUCCUAGUCUUUUUCUCUAUUUGAAAGUUUCUGACAUAACCUAAGCCUGACCGAAGAUGAACCACAUAUAAAAAGACGUAUCCGUGUGUCCAUUAUAAGUAAAGAAGAAAAGCACCAAAUAAAAAAUCCGCCGUCAUGGAAGCAGCUCCGAGAAUCUUCACGCUAUCGUUCCUUCUCAGCCUCCUCUCCGCUAAUCCUGACGUCAUCGAUUCUCGUUCCCGACCUAAUCUCGCUCCUGGACAAGUUGGGAAGUUUCCACCGUCGUGUAACCGAAUCGAGUGUCCGAGCUACGAGUUGGUCAACUCCGGUAACGGCUACGAGAUUCGCCGUUACAAUACUACCGUCUGGAUUUCAACAGAACCCAUUAAAGAUGCCUCUCUCGUCAAAGCUACACGAACCAGUUUUAGCCAAUUGUUCGGUUACAUUCAAGGGAAUAACGAUUAUAACCAGAAGAUAGAGAUGACAGCUCCGGUUAUCGCUCAAGUCUCUCCGAGCAACGGUCCUUUAUGCGAAUCCUCCUUCACUGUAUCAUUCUAAGUUCCUAAACAAAACCAACCUGAUCCAGCUCCGGCCAAGAACCUACAUGUACAGAGAUGGGACACGAGGUAUGUUGCCGUGAAGCAAUUCGGGGGAUACGUGUCGGAUGACAGUGUCGGAGAAGAAGCGGCGGAGCUGGAGGAGAGCCUAAAAGGUACCGUAUGGGGCAAGGCAAUUGCUAAAAGCCGAGAAGCAGGCGGCCUUGGAUCGACUUCUGCUUACACUGUAGCGCAGUACAACUCACCGUUCGAGUUCUUGGGUCGGGUCAAUGAGAUUUGGUUGCCUUUUCAGAUGGACAAAUGAAAAAAAAAGCUCUUAAUAUCGUUUCUCGGUGAACAAGAAUUAUUUUAGUAAAUUAUGUUUUAAUAAAAAAAAAUGUUUUUCAUGAAUUAUUUUCGUAAAUUACGUACAUUCUUUGGUAAUAAUUCUUAGACCAUAAUUAACCUCAGUCUCUUAACUUCGGUUAAAAAAUGUAAGAGUCGUUUUUUAACCGAAAAGGACGACAUUGGGGAACCACUCAACGACAUUGUUGUUUGUGACUCGUCGGUUCCAGGACAGCAGGAAGUACCGAGUCUCGGUUUGGUAAAGAACGUAACGUUCUACAAACAUUUUUCAUGAAUUAUUUUUGUAAUUUACGUAUAUUCUUUGGUAGUAAUCCUUAGAGAACGACUGAACGUGUUUUUUUUUUGAUAAGUAUGUGAAUUUCAUUAGCAAAGUAAUGAAACAAUGUGAUACAAUCAGUUUUGAUUAAAUCAAAACCUAAUAGAACUAAGCAUACUAAACACAGCAAAAUAGUCUGAGAGAACCUCAAAAAAAGGUAAAAAAGACCAUCGAAAAGACAAAAGGUUCGAUCAAUAUCUAAUGGAUGCGAUCAAAGCUUAACUAUAUUUAUGUAAUCAUCAACAGCCAUUCGAGUUUCAGUUGAUCCGAGUAGAGACUUUGUAACACCCCAAAACCCAAGUCCAAAAACUUUUUGUGGACAGG